UAUUUUAAAUUAACUUUUCAGUAUAGACAUAACCUUACUGCAUUCAAUGGGAGUUUUGUGCACUGACGGGGCCCAUGCUAUACAUUGACAGAAACUUAUAAUUUAGCUAUUCCUAAAACAAAUUACUUCAGAGACAUCAAGAACACCUGUCACGAACACCUAAGUCCAUGACAAAUUUAAAAAGGAAUCGCUAACACCAAUGAAUGACAUACAGGCUAAGGCUGCUGAUUCUGCAGACCUCCAGCCCAUGGUGUUUUAUUCCCUGAAAAACUGCAAUGAAUGGUAAUGCUAUAAAGUGGCAAGUAUCGGAGGGGAGCCGUGUUAGUCUGAAUCUGCGAGACCACGAGGAGUCCUGUGGCACCUUAUAGACUAACAGAUUUAUUGGAGCAUAAGCUUUCGUGGGCAAAGACCCAUUUCAUCAGAUGCAUGCAUCAAUUUAUUGGAUGCUUAUGCUCUAAUAAAUAUGUUAGUCUAUAAGGUGCCACGGGACUUCUCCUUGUUCUUACUAUAAAGUGGGGUGGCCAAAAUCAGAUCUGGGGGCUGGAUGCAGUCCACCAAGCAUUUCUCUCUGGCCACCCAGCUGAUUAAUGGAGCAUGCAUAGUUACCCAGGCAGCCUUUGUUCAGCUGCCCCUCCCCCACUUUCCUCUGUCCUACAGCCAGGCUGUUUCCAGGAUUCCCCUGCUCCCUGUGCAGAGCGGGGAUGAGGAGGAGGGAAAGGGGAGUGUGGAAGUCAGGGUGUCCCCCUACCCGUGUCCCAUCUCUGCAGAGCAGGGGUCGGGGAGAGGAAGACCCACAGCGGAGCUGCUCCAGUCUGAAGCAUGGACGGUGGUGUGGGCCAUCAAUUCCAUCCUGCUGCCAUCCAUCUGGGAGACCUGGAUGAGACCUGGUCAUCUGUCUGGGAGCCCUGGAUGUGUCUGUGGUUGGAUUUGCUGCCCUGGGGUUCCUGAACUGCAGGGGAGCCAUAGAUGGGACCCACAUCCUGAUCCAAGCCUCAGAACAUCGAGCAGACCACUUCAUAAAUUGCAAGGGCUACUUUUUGAUGGUGGUGCAGACCUGGUCAACCACCAUGGACACUUCACAGACAUUUUUGUGGGGUGGUUGGGCAGGGCACAUGACACCCGCAUCUUUAGAAACUCCAGCCUGUACCGCGAGCUGGAAGUGGGCACAUUCUUCUCCUGCUGAGACUUUGAGGUUGGGUACGUGCAGAUGCCACUGUGCAUCAUGGGGGACGUGGCCUACCACCUCAUGCUGUGGCUGAUGAAGCUGUACAGUGGACACCUGGACUCCAGCAGGGACUGAUUUAAUGCCCGCCUGAACUGGGCCAGGAUCCAGGUGGAAUGCGCCUUCAGCUGCCUCAAGGCCGCUUCCGGUGACU